AAUAGCCUAAAGGUGCGCAACCUUCACGGAGCUGUCAGAAGCGGCACCCAAAUUAAUUUAAAGAAGUCACGUCAAUAGCCAGACCCAAAUUUAAAGCAUCCACACAGUUUCAGCAAAUGGAACUGGUUUUGGCAAUAAAAUUAAACAAACCAAAAAAAAUACGAAAUAUUAAUGACCAAGGGCCUUAGCCACAAAUCACAUGAUGUACAAAGAUCAAAUGGUAUGAAAAUUGAAUGAAUUAUAAUGCCAAUAAUUAUUGGUAGCUCAGACUAAUUCCAGGAUGAGCUAAAAGCUGUCAAGCAUAUGCAAUAAACAACUUAUAAAACUUGCUCAAGCCAAAGAUCGCAUGGCUAUUCGCAAAAGUGUAGCAUAUUUUGAGAACAACGAACUAUAAAUUGGUCAUAAAUGUUUAAUUAAACCAGUUUCCUAUCAGCUAGGCAUGCGAUAAGUGUAAUUUGCAAAUUUCCGGCUCUACACGAGACAUUUGCCAAAAAUAAAUCCGACGCAACCAAAUUCCAAAAGUAAAUUUAAUACAUUUGAAACUAUAAUUUCCCUUUAGCAACUAUUCUUUAUGAUAUUUGAUAGCGAUGAUAAAAAUCAAUUUGAUGGCAUCAAUUUAAGAAACGCACAAUAAAUUCUUUACCCAACAAGCUGCGAUCAAAAUUGGCGUCACAUCAGUCAAUUGACUGGCCCCCAAAGACGAGUUAGUCUUGCCAAGUCUUAAUGAGUAUAUUCAUACUUGAAUACUCAAUUCGAUAUUCGACUUUGGCUACACCCAAGCAAACAUCAGAAGCGACUUUGAGGCAAGUUUUACGCACGCAGCUUGGAGUAUUUGGGUACCCGCUCUCAUCUGUCUAUGGUAUAAAUAGUUACGGCCGAGCCCCAAGCAGACAGAAGCCAUUCAAGCGCUUGUGGAGUAAGAGUCAUCUAAUCACUGAAAUGAAAUUUUUGGUCGUUGCCGUUGCCUUCCUGGCCUGCGCCAGUGCCGAUGUUUCCCACUUGGGAUCGGGCUACAACUAUCAAGCGCCAGCGCCCGCUCCGGUCUACCAGCCAGCGCCCGCUCCGGUUUACCAGCCAGCACCAGCUCCGGUCUACCAGCCAGCGCCCGCUCCGGUCUACCAGCCAGCGCCUGCACCUGUCCACUAUGAGGCACCCGCCCCUGUGAACACCUAUGUGCCACCUGCACCCGCUCCCGCUCCCGCUCCCGUCCGCUAUGAGGCUCCUGCACCAGUCUACCAGCCCGCUCCUGCUCCAGUGCACAUUGAGGCUCCCGCACCAGCCCCAGUCCACUACGAGGCACCCGCACCCGCUCCAGUUAACACCUACAUUCCACCUGCACCAGUGUCGAUCCCAGCUCCGGCGCCAGUCUACCAGCCCGCACCAGCUCCAGUCCAGUACUCGGCACCCGCACCAGCUCCAGUCCAGUACUCUGCACCCGCACCCGCUCCAGUUGAGGCGCCCGCUCCAGCACCAGCACCCAUCCGUAUCGAGGCUCCAGCUCCAGCUCCCAUCAGAGUUGCUCCUGCACCAGCCCCAGUCAACCAGUACAUCCCACCAGCGGCUCCAGCUCCCGCCCCAGCUCCCAUCAGGGUUGCUCCCGCUCCAGCCCCAGUCAACCAAUACAUUCCACCAGCUGCUCCCGCUCCAGCUCCAAUCAGGUCUGCUCCCGCCCCAGUUCUGGCUCCCCAGCCCGUUCUGGAGGAAAUCGAGCCCAUCUCUGCCGAUGGUUACCGCUACAAGACCAAAUUCCUGAUCAUUGCCGUUGCCUUUUUGGCCUGCGCCAUGGCGGACGUUUCGGAGCUGGGUGGUCAGGGUUACGAUUAUCCGCAGCCGGCGGCGCCAGCACCAGCACCUGCCUAUAUUCCCCCACCACCUCCACCACCACCACCGGCACCAAAGAACACCUAUAUCCCUCCUCCUCCUGCUCCGGCCAAGGCAUACAUUCCUCCCCCAGCCGCUCCAGCCAAGGCCUACAUCCCACCCCCACCACCACCACCACCACCAGCACCCAAGAACACCUACAUUCCACCUCCUGCAGCUCCCGUAGCUCCCGUCAAUACCUACAUUCCCCCUCCUGCUGCCCCCAUCCAGGCUGAGCAGCCCAUCAUCGAGGAGAUCGAGCAGCCCGCUCAGGAUGGCUACCGCUACAAGACUGUCCGCCGUCGUGUCUUCCGUCACCGCAACUAAGCAGCGGCUCUGUGAACUCCACGAAUUUUGUUGACUAAUGUGAUAAACGAAGAAAAGAUGAAGAGAAUUUUCAAGAAUUUGUUUUGUUAAACAAUUUUAAAACCUAAACAAGCGUAAUAAACUUUUUAAGCAAACUAA